AUGACGUCUUCUCUUUGAAAUAGAAUUUUUAUGCUGUGUUUACCAUGAAGGUGCAGAGAGAGGUGGAGAUGAGAGGGCUUUGGAGAUUCCCAGACAGCUGAUUGUAAAAAGGCCGACACCUAAUCCUGCUACUGUGCGUCUGGAUCAGCAGCUCUGCCAUCACUCGGAGCAUGAGAUGAGAACGUUCGCGAGAGGUGUAGACCACUCACUUUACAGUGUCAUCCAAUAGAGUGGUUUAGAUCCAGACUUGUAAUCUGUCAUAGGUUAUUAUUUCUAGCUCUGUGCGCGUGUAUGUGUGUGUGUGUGUGUGUGUGUGUGUGUGGGCGUGUGGGUUUCCUCCUGCUUGUCUGGCCUCCGUCUUGACUCUCCGCCACCGUUGCAGUUACUCAUGGGCCGAGUAUGUCAGGAUAGGUUAUUCUUAGCGCCUGUUCCCCAAUCAGUCAUUGGAGAAAGGUUUGGGGGGGGUCGAAAAAAAGGUAACCAGUCAGAAGGCCCAUCUGCACAAUGUUUACCGGGAUAUUUUCGACCCUGAAGAGAUCACAUAUUUACCACCAAGAGCUGCGCGACCUUGCCAUUUAGUGCAGAGAGAAAGACCGAGCACUCAGGAGGAAGAGUCCCUAUCUACAGGGCGAAGCAGGACGACCUGAAUCUAGCCUGAAAAAGCAACAGAACGGUACAGAAGGACAGAGAGGCUCGUGCUCAGAGGAGGAGCUGCUGUCCCAGGGCUGGCCCCUGCUCUGCAGCAGCUCCGUGCACAGGCGUGUGCGAGUGUGUUUCUGUGCAUGCGAGGACGUGAUGAGAGCACGGGGAGAGGCUGAGGCUUGGGGAGGAGCGAGCGGAAUCGGCCGAGGACUCUUAGGUCUCGGUGAGGCGCAGGCAGCCUGCUGGAGCACAGGACUCGAUUAAACUGGACAAAUCCCACACACUCGCUGGUAGAGUGUCUUUUCCCUCCAACAAGGCAAAGUGAGGAGGCAACUUUGGUCAUUUGUUUUUAUAUCUCUGUCUCCUGAGCAGCUGCGUAAAGGACCAGCAUCACCAGCACCAUGAGUCGAUGGCUUAAAUGCACCUCCGUGUACUUUAACACCGACUGGAAUAAGUAUGAUGACAGGCUGAUGAAGGCGGUAGAAAGAGGAGAGGUGGACAAGGUGUCAGCUGUCCUCAGUAAGAAAGGCAUCAUCCCCACCAAACUAGACGUGGAGGGCCGCUCUGCUUUUCAUCUUGCUGCAACCAGAGGACAUUUGGACUGCCUUAGCGUCAUCCUCGGUCAUGGUGUUGAUGUCACAGCCAAUGAUGCCACAGGAAAAAACGCCUUACACCUAGCAGCCCGGAAUAAACAGUCAUUGUGCGUGCAGAAGCUCCUACAGCAUAACUGCCCUGUUGGAAAUGUGGACCUGCAGGGACGAACAGCCCUGCAUGAUGCAGUCAUGGCCGGCUGCUCCUCCAGUGUUAAGCUGUUGUGUGACAGUGGGGCUUCGGUCAACGCUAGUGACUUUGAUGGGAGAACUCCAUUGGUGCUGGCCACUCAGAUGUGUCAUCCCCAUAUCUGUCAGCUCCUGCUGGACCGAGGGGCCGACAUCCGAGUGCGCGACAAGCAGAACAAAACCGCCCUGAUCCUGGGAUGUACAUUUGCCUGUAAGGACGCUGUAGAGGUUUUGUUGAAGCGUGGAGCUGAUGUCACCGCCGUGGACAGCUUCGGCCAUGACAGCUAUCACUAUGCCCGACUCAGCAAAAACCAGGAGCUCAUCAGCCUUGUUAAGAGCUAUCUGGAUAAUGCGAAAGCAAAAGAAGCUAGCAGAGUGGAACUGAAGAAGAGACAGCUGUCUGUGGAUGUGGCCCCUGAGGCAUCAUCUAACAGGGAUCAGAUUAUUCACGAGCUUGAGAAGCAGAAUGAGAGCCAACAGGAGACUCUGAGGAAGUAUCAUCAGGAACAGAGGGCUCUACUGGACAGAGUCAGUACACUGCAGCAGCAGCUCAGUCAGGAGAAGUCGACGGUGGAGGACAUUCACCAAGAGAGGGAGCAACUGAAGCGCAUGCUGUCUGCCAGAGAGAAAGACACUACAGCUGCAGAGACCGUGAAGGUUCAGCUCCGGAGCCAUCUGGGAGAUUACUCGGGCCAGUCUGUGAUUAAAGCAGGGAAAGAAACUGUUCUUGUCAGACAAGCUCAAAGUCUGGAUUCAGCUCAGAUUUUGCAGCCUUCUGUUCCAUCACGUUCUGUAUCUCGGCCCUUAGAGCUCUCUCACCCAGUAAUCGCAAACCCUAACGAGGUUGAGACGUUACGUCAGGAGCUAAGGUCCACUCGUAAGCAGCAGGAGGCUGCACAGGAAGAAGUAGGACGCCUCCAGGCAGCACUCGCACGAAAGACCAAGGAGUGUGAAGAACUGGUUCAGAGUCAUGACUCCACCAAGCGAGAAGCAGAUCGGCAGAUUCAGGAGCUUGAGGGGGCAUUGGGAGACGUCCAAAGGAGGAUGCUGGACUCUGAAGCUAAGGUUAAGCAGCUGCAGGCACAUGUGAUCACAGUAAAGGAGCAUCUUGGCAACCAAAUGUUAGAUGAUCUGAAAGCUCAGCUCAACGAGGUCAAGGUUAAAUAUGAAGGUGCGUCAGCUGAGGUCGGUCGGGUCAGGAAUCAUUUGAAGCAGAGUGAGAAAGCUCUGGAGGAGUAUAAAAAGAGUGAAGGUCUCUUGGCUGAAGAGGUCGAGAAGCUGACAGCUGAUCUGAAUGCAGCGAGAGAAGAGCGUGAUGAGAUCGCUGAGACCCUCCAAGAAAUGGAGGCUCGUGUUAAAGAAACAGAGAAACGUCUGGUCACCAUGGUGCCUGGAGAGAAGUUCGACAACAUGAAGAACCUUCUGACUAAUGCGGUGGAUGAAAAGGAGAGGCAGCUGGUGGAACUGCGGGAGGAUUACGACCGUGUUCUGGAGGAGGUGGCUGAGCUCCACAGGGAAGUGGACCACCGGGACACUGUUCCACUUCAGGAGCAUGAGAGACUCAGGAUGGCUCUGGAGGAACAGAGUGAUAUCCUGAAGAAAAAACUUGCAGAUGUCACUUCUAAAUGUCAGUCGCUGAUCUGUGAGGUCGAGGAUGGCGAAGAUGAGAGGGAACUACUCCGAGAAGAGCUUCACGAGCUCAGCAAGAACCUCCAGACAGAGUUUGUUCCUGUUGAGACUCACGAGGAGUUGAAGAAGGCUCUGAAUUGUGCUAUGGAGGAGCUUAAGGAGCAGCUUGAUGAGACAACUGUGAGGAGAAAUCAUGCUGAGGAGCAGCUGAGGAGGCUCCAGGAGGAGAAGGCCUCUCUGGCUGAAAACAUGAGCAGCCUGAAGAGCACUCACAUGCCCAAUGAAAGGUAUGAAAGUGAGGUGGCUGCACUUUCGGCCCAUAAAGCAGCGACGGAAAAGGAUCUAGAGAAUCUCCAGAGGAAGUACAAAGAUAAAGAGAAGGAGUUUGAGGUUGUGGCAGCUGAGAACAUUGCUCUGAAACAGAGCAUGCAGGGAGAGUUUGUUAAAAGAGAAGUGUAUGAGAGAGUGCAGAAAGAGUUGCAUGAAGCUUUGGAAAAAGCCAAGGAUGAAAUUCACAAAUUGGAGGUAGAUGGAAAAGUCAAAGAGGACGAGUUGAAGAAGGUAAAAGAUGGAAGCGCUAUGUUAAAAGAAAAUCUGCAGGAGAAAUUAGAAAAGGACUAUAUCAGUAUUGUUGACCAUGAGGCAAUAAAAAGUCAGCUAAACAGUGCUUUAACUGAAGCAGAAAGAAGUGCUAAAGAGGCCUUCUCCAAAUAUGAGUCUCUUCAAGAAGGUACUUUAAAACUUCACAAAGAAAUCGAAGCUCAGAAGAAAGAGCUGGACACUAUUCAUGAAGCCAUUCAAUCAAAAUUUGUGCCAGUGAGUGCCCUGGAGGAAAAAGAAAAGGCUUUCAGUACCACUGUGAAGGAUCUAAGAGAGGCGCUAGCAAAAAUGGAGGAGAAAUACAAAAGUGCAAAGACUGAUGUGGAACAUGAGAGGCAAGACAAAGAAACUGUGAAAUUAGAGAUGGAAUCUGUACGAAAGAAAUUGGAGGCUAACUUGGUCUCCAGUGAAAAAUACAGAGAAAUUGAAGAUGGGUAUAAAGGCCAGAUGGAGAACUUGAGUCUAAAGUUAGUGGAACUGGAGCAGCAGUACAUGGAGGUAACUGUUCAGAGAGCUGAACUGGAGGAGCAGAACUCGCUCUGCAAUACUGAAAUGAAGAACCUCCAACAGCGUCUAGAAAACGAGUACGUUCAUCUGGAGCAGUUUGAAGCCAUGAGGAACUCUCUGACCUGCAGUUUGCAGGAUGCACAGGCCGAGUGCAAGCGCCUCAGUGAGGCCUACAAUUUGGAGGUUCAGCGCAUCCACGACAUGGAGAAAGAGCUGCAGAGCCAAAGAACUGAUGUUGAUCUACUGGCUCAACACAGCCAUGCCAGAGAGGCCCUGGAGCAACAAGUGGCCAAGCUCCGUUUGGCCCUGAGGGAAGAAGAGGAGACCAGUGCCCAGAGGGCUGAGGACAUAGCCACUCUGCAGACAGAACUUCUCAGAGCAACGCAUGCCUUGGAUGAUCUUCGCAGCCACGAAGGUCAGUUGGCCAAGCUCAAAGCUGAGAAGCAGAGGCUGGAGGAGGAGGUAGGGGAGCUUGGUGAUCGGCUCUUGGGUCUAGAAGAACAGUGCGAGGAGCUAUACCAGGAAGCAGCCCAGGCCAAAGAAGGUGAGAAUAGAGCAAUGAUGGAGACUGAGGCCCUUCAGACCAAGAGCGCCUCAAUUGAGAAAGAGAUCCAAGAUCUAAAAGAAAGAUACGAUGACUCGCUUAGCACCAUCGGAGACCUCCAGAAAAGGAUUCAGACUUCCUCAGAACAGACUGAGGCCAAAGACAAAAGGAUCACAGAGCUGUUGGCAGAUGUGGAGAGGUUGAAACAGGCUCUCAAUGGCCUGUCCCAGCUGGCUUACACUGGCAAUACUCCCAACAAGAGACAUGCUCAACACAUUGACACACUCCAGGCGCAGGUCAAGAGCCUCCAGCAGCAGCUGGCUGAUGCUGAGAGGCAACACCGAGAGGUGGUUUCAAUUUAUCGAACUCAUCUUCUCAGUGCUGCACAGGGUCACAUGGAUGAAGACGUCCAGGCAGCGUUGCUGCAGAUUAUCCGAAUGAGGCAGCAGUUUGUGUGUUAAACCCGGCCUAGAGACACUCUCUGACUCAAAUCCACAAUCCACUGAAGGUGUGCAGUUAGAAAACAGGAUCAGUCAAAAAGCAUCAAAGAUAGUAGAAAUGUCACUAAUCACAGACCAGGAUAGGUAUCAUAGGCCUUAUCUUAGUAUUUGCAUUUGCAGUACUGUUUGUAAGAACUACAAUACUUUACUCCUGCAUACUAUAACGUUGAAGCGGUGAAUAGGAAAAAAAAAGGUAUUAAUCUGUAAGUUUGCUCGUCACUGGGGUGGUGCGUUUUUUUUUUGUUUGUUUGUUUGUUUUUUUAUAAAUCUUUUAACUGGAAGGCUGCAUUAAGUGUACCCUUAAAAUUCUAUCUCUAAAAGGUAAUUAAAGGUACAACUGUGGUCCUUAAAGUGCAUCUUUAUAUUUUAAGUCAUUUUUAAACGUAUCGUACGUUCACGUUACCACGUAAAAGAUAAAUACACUGGUACAAAAGAUGUAGAAGAAAAAAACGACUUGGAGUUGAAGAGUUUACUACCAUUUUUGAUGGUUAUAAAUGUAACAUUUACGAGAUGUCUAGCAGGAAUAAUUGAGUGGUUUGAUAUUUGGAGUUGUAGUUUUGCUUUGGAAACGCAAUGGAAAGGCCUGGAACGCCCUACUUCCUGCAACACGUGUCCCUCAAGCUGCAGUGCAUUGUGGGAUUUCCUAUUCUAUGUGUUCAGAUUUAUAGCACUAACCGUGUCUUCUAUAUACACGUAGAGGGAGCUACAUUUUUAGAUAUCUUCAUAUAGAACUGGUCAGGGAGCAGGUCUCCUACCCUUUUUUUUUUUUUUUUGUCAUGCACAAAAUGUAAGAUCCAAAUGAUUUAAUACUCAAGAGCAGCCUUAAUUUAGAUUUGCCUUGAUCAUGUUUAGCUCACUGAUGAUGUGGUAGCCAGCUGUGCUUUAAUGGAUUUGAGUCAGUGAAUGUCAGUGGCGCUCGGUGAAACAGGACACAGCCUGGAUAUCUGCUUCUAUUGCCUGGAUGAUUCUGCCCUCUUGUGGUGUGACUUGGCUGGCCAAGUUUUGAUGACAUAAAUAGCUUUUUUGUGGUUCGUUUCACUGUAUAGCUGCAGAUGUGAUGCAUUUGCGAUUACAAUUUUUUUUUUCUCUUGGUGCUUCCAAAAUCUGAUAUUUUUAUCAGGGCUUUGUACUACUUUUGAUUAAUGGUCAAAAUGUUUAUGGAAAUACUAUUCAGCAGGACUGGACUAGAAUGACACUAUACCUAUUCAAGGUACUUUUUCAUUUUAUUAAUGUCUUUUGUUUCCCCUUCUGAAAUAGUACAGUGUAUUUAGAAGCCACUAGCUGACCUUUAGUUUUAGCACUGACAUACACAAUACAUUAUGACAGCAAGUUUAUUAGCACACAGUGACUGUGCUCCUAUGCUAAUUGGCUAUGCUUCUGAUGAUAAUUUAUUGCAUUAAAUAGGGCUACUGAUUUUUACUAACUUAUAUGAACUAUGCCAGAUCAUACAGGAUAAGCCUAAUCAUUUAAAUUCUGCUAUUUGAUCUUGAGGUAGUUUGCGUUUUUUUUUUCUCCUCAAAACUAUAUUCUUUCUUGCUUUUUUUUUUGUUUUGUUUUAAACAAUAGUGAAUUCUAACAUCAAUAAAAGUGCCUGCUUUUGACUAAAAUGUCUGUCUGUUAAUUCAGUGGGUUGCACAUCAGGAGAAGCCUAGAAAAUUAGAGGUAGGACUUUGUUUUUUUUUUUUCCUUUCUUUUUUUAAAAUCCCAUCCUUGCUGAGACCCACUUGACCCAAGCACACCUGUGUAUAAACUUAGUUGGCUCCAUUUCCCAAAAUGCACAUAAAUAAAUCAUUGAAACCACCGUAAUGGUGAGGAAUAGUUACUGAGGAUGAAUGAAUGAAUGAUGUGAAUGCUGUGCAAGCCCCCAAAUAUUCUCCCAUGUUAACGCACAUCACCUUUAUUUGUCCCAUGGGCAGAGCCGAGUAUAUUUCAGUGUAGUGUAUAUUGUUUAAUGUGCGUAGUGGCAAUUCAUUUCAUUAUUGAUCGUUAUACACAUGCUGUCCUUGGUAAUGUUGAGGAAACUUAUCUGUGCAUGCUACCAAAGCUGUGCAAAGGCAAAGAUAUGUAGAAACCUGGAUCAUUCUGCCUGAUUUUUUUUUUUCUUCCUCCCCCCACUCCUCAGUUGUCCAGUUUUGAUCAUGCCCAAAGGAAAUUACCAGCAUUGGUAUGAGGUCUGCUUUAUACGCCAUUUUGACCUGCAUCUUUCUUUGACGCGCUGAGCCGCAAACAAUGUUUGUGUUUUGGAAGAUGCUAGAACUGACAAAUGUUGACCAAGUGCCGACUUUAAUCCGUGAUCAAAUCUACUAAGCCUUUGCCUUUCAGGGCUCCACUGAACCAAAACCGUUAUUAGACAUGCGUGCCUGCUUGAUUUAUUCCACAUUUUGGAAUGUACACUUUGUGGGAUUGUACCUAAUAAACUGGCGACUUGUUAUAGUAGUUCUAUGUUAGUUUUUCAUCCUAGAUUUAAUUUAGAUUCAAUUCUUUGCUUUGGGUUGCUGUUUUUUUCUUCUUCUUCUAUGAUCUGCCUAAUGUUUAAUAGUCUACCCCACACACACAGGAAACAUACACACUGUUCAGUUAAGAUUAAAGAUACAAUUAUGAUGAGUAUAAGGGUGACACGGUUGCCUCCUCACAGUUCCAGAGUUUCUGGUUCGAUCCUGAGCUCCUGACUAUAGUGUAUCUGUGCAGGUUCUCUCUGUCUGUUUCCUGCAGGUCCUCAAGGUUCCUCCAACCUCCCAAAACAUACCAUAGGUUGACUGGCUACUCUGAAUGACCCAUAGGUGUGUGAAUGUGUGUGGUACCUCGUGAUGGACGUUCAGCGUUCCCGGGAUAGGCUCCGGAUCUACGACAACCCUGACCAGGAAUAAACAGACUCUAUGAAACUAGGUAUAAUAUUUGUCAGAUGUUUCGGUAGAAACUCAAUUAAGAGAAAGCCAACACAAUUAUUUUAAUAAGAAGAGCAAUAAGAGUAGUAAUCCAGGGUUCAGAUCCCCCGCUGGAUGUCUUCAGCCUCCAGUUUGAAACCCACUAAUCAAAUCUUGCUUUGUCCAUACGCCGCUCUCUCAUUUCAUUUUACUUCAUGUUUGUCAGUGCAUGUGGUUUUACUUUAAAAACAAUCACUGCAGGAAUGACAGGGGGCUCUUUGGCAUGAAGGCUUCUCUUUUAUCUUGUGGCUUGCAUUGAUUUAUACUUUUGUGUUUCGCUGGAAGGUUUGCUAUCCCACAAAUACCUAUAAAGCCUGAUGUGGAGUCUUACCGGAGAGACAAUAUUGAGCUUCCUUUAAAAGGAUUUCGACUAUUUUUUGAAGUCACGGGAGAUGUGGAUAUCUGUUGGGUGAUAUAAUGUCCGUCUUAUCUGUUCUGUUUGCCUUUGUUGUUCUCUGGCUCGUCAUCAGCUCCGAUAUGGAAGUAUUAUUUAUUUAAUUCGAGUUUUUGUCGUCAUCUUCAGCUUAUUUAGCGGACGCGUCCUGAAACAGUCCAUAUGUUUUGAACGUUAUCAGCUGUAACAUGUGGCUCUGUUUGGUUAGGAGAACAUUCCAGCGCUUUGAACUAAAAGCCUUUGAGUGUAUUUGAGCUUUAACCUCAUGCUUUGUACUUUCUAAUGAAUCCAACAUUUCUCUUGUAUUUGGUUGCUUAAGGAAGUGAGAGAGCGGUUUCAGAUCGCAGCCUAUUUCUCCUCCCUCUGUUUUUUCUCUUCACCGUGGCUUUUUUUUAUGGCUGUGUUAUUUGUGGCCUGAGCAGUAUAAGCUGUUCACGGCAAUUAUUGCAAAUACAAUUCAAUCUGUUUGGAGAUUUCCCUUUAAUCUCAUUUCCAGACCAUAAGUAGAACCAGAGACACUCAUUCACUCUCUCUCACACACACACACACACACACACA